AGAUAGGUGGAAUUGCUUUGACAGUGUGUGAACACCCACGCAGCAGAGAUUGUAGCCUGGCAUUCCUUUGACAGCUUGGAAUCAGCUCAAAACGGUGCAUUCUUUCAAGUGCUUGAAAGUACAUUACUAGAAUUAAACAGUUUUCCCGAAGUUUCCACGAAAUCAAGCUAUAAACAUGUCGCUUUAUCCAUCGCUGGAGGAUAUGAAAGUCGACCACAUGAUCAAGGCUCAAUUGCAAAGCGAGCCGCAUUAUGGACUUCAACCAACACAUAAUAUACCCAGUGCACCUACAGCUCCAUCUGCACCGCUUGCAUCUCCUUCGGCACCGUUGUACCCAUUUUUAGGAGAAUAUAUGGGACUGGAACUCAGUGAGGAAGCGAUCCUACAGAACAUGCCUGAAUAUGCAGUCGUUAAGCGAGAUAGUAUGGACAUGGUCCUUCCGUCUCAGCCUCAAGGACUCAUUGCGAAUAUGGUGGCUCCAUUAUCCGGACAAUCGGCAGGCUUGCAGCGGGCUCAAGUCACUAAUGGCAUUCGUGAGCUGACUUUGUGUAAAGACAAAGAUGGGAAGGUUGGACUGAGAGUUCAUCCGGUAAACGAAGGUGUAUUCGUAUGUCUUGUGAGCCCAAAGUCUCCUGCGGCUCUUGCAGGACUGCGCUUCGGAGAUCAAAUUCUGGAGAUUAAUGGAGAAUCACUGGCUGGUUAUUCUAUGGAAAAGGUGCACAAAAUAUUUAGAAACUGCCCAAUCAAUGGAAUCAAUGUCGUCAUCAGAGAUCGGCCUUUCGAGCGCACCAUAACGAUGCACAAGUAUAGUUCCGGACACAUUGGAUUCCAGUUUAAGAAUGGAAAGAUCAUUGCUUUGAUAAAGGACUCAUCUGCUGCUAGAAAUGGCCUCUUAACGGAUCAUCAGAUUCUUGAAGUAAAUGGGAAAAAUGUAAUCGGCUUGAAAGAUAAGGAGAUCACAGCAGAGAUCGAAAAGGGUGGAGAUAUCAUCACGAUAACUGUUAUUCCUUCCUUCAUUUACGAUCACAUGAUCAAAAAAAUGAACAAUAGUCUGUUAAAGUCUAUGGACCACUCUGUACCUAACCUCUAAAACCUGACUCGUAAGGACACUAAAUCCGUUCCAUUGAGAUUCUUUCAUUUCUUUUUGUGGUGUACAAUUUUUUCACAAAGCAUUCGACUUACACAGAGUCUAUUGCAAGGUAAUAUCUCUGAUCGGAGCAACUGCUGUCUCGGUGUAAGAGGUGCACAGAUCAAUAUAUUUGGGCAUUUAAUCUUUUCUUUCAAUCAACAACGUGCAAUUUUCCUGCAACAUGAAGAGUGCGAGGAAGUUAGCGUUUAAGCACAGUAUAUCGUACAAGAUAAAGUCUAGAAGUAUUGUGUAUGUAUACACGAAUCAAUGGUAAUGUUUAUAUUUUACAAUCGUACGUCCCUUUGUCAUUUAUUACUAGACGAGUUCUGAACAAAGAAACAUUCGACACAAGGUGACAAAUUUAUCUAUAAGUAGAGGUUAAGACGAUAUAUAAAAGUGGCGUCUGAGGAGUUUCAUUUAUGAAAAUAACCAAAUCAUUUGAAAUUUUAUUACUUGAAUAUGGAGGUCGGGGAUCUCAUGAAAUUUCAUUUUUAUAAUUUUUAUUAUAAACAUUUUUAUGUUUUUUUUCAUAAAGUGAUAUCUUACGGGUGACAUUACCUUCCUUAGGACCUCUACAUUCACGUGGUAAAAUUUAAAACGAUUCUUCCAGUUAGUAGAAAAGUUUUAUAAUCAAUUGCUUUCCGAGAUACCACUUUCAUAUCACAUUAACUCCCAGUUUUAAACAGAACCGUGAGAUUUGAGUCUGCUGGGGCUGGUUCUUGAAAGUGAUAACGUAAUCAUGUUACGGCUUAGUAAUAACCUUCCAAAGUGACAAAUUAUUAUAGAAUUACUAUAGUAAGAUAUUUUAUUAUUAUAAGUAGAGCUUUACUGGCGAGGAAAGUUGAGGCAUUCAUGGACACAGACUUCUUUACAUUUCUUUUUUGGUGUCUACACCCUACACAGUGCCACAGUUUCAAUAAAACUAUACAGAUGUUACAUACGAAUAAAAUUGACUUACAAUUA